AUGGUAGGUUUGUUCUUGCGUUAUUUUUUCAGCGCUUUGAAGCAGUUGUGAGAAAAAUUUAUUCAUUCGUUUUGCAGUUUGGUCUUAUACACGACAGUAUUCGCCAGCUCUUCAUCAGGACCUAUGGGGAAGAAUUUUGGAAGAAAGCGAUGUAAGUUCGAUAUACAGUAGGCAUGACAUAAGCCGACGAGAACGCUUCGCAAGCUGUCAAAGAGGUGCUACAGUGGUGGACCUGAUCCAGUAGCAAAAAACGUAUCAUUUUGCAUCCGGGAAGUAUCAAAAAAUGUUGAAAAAUGCCUCCCUCUCCAAGUGAAAAAACUUCGUUUUGAGGGGCGCGCCCUUUCCCUCUCAAAAAGAGCGGCCGCGCUUUUGAAAUCGGAGUUUUUCGCUUGGAGAGGGAGGUAUUUUGAUACAUUUUUAUACUUCCUAGAUGCAAAAUCGGACGUUUUUUGCCACUGGAUCAGGUCUCCCACUGUGCUUGGCGCCACGGAAUUUUUGCGCGCUUAAAGGCACUCUGCCUCGAGACUCAUUGUGAAUUGAGUCAACUUAUGAACAACUUCAGUGAUAAAUUGUUUUAGGGUCCAAGCAGGAUUCGAAUCGGGAAAGGAGAACAUUGUGAAUCACUAUUAUCCUGAUUCCGAUACCUAUGCCAUUGUUGAUGCAGUCAGCUCGUUAGCAAGUAAGGCCACAUCCGAACGUCUCUAGUACAGCUACUUUUGAAUCGAACUUCGAAAAAACUUUUGACAUUUUGUUUUCCGAGCCGUAAAAAAGCGCGAUGCAAGAGUAGCUGUGAUGGCCCUUGAACUAUCGUCAUUAAAUAUGGAAAAGUUAAAUUUAUGGUUGGAAAAUAUUUCGAAAACAACUAAACUUGCAAAUCCUCUUUUCAUGCCUGAUGAAUAACAAUUAUUUCAAUUCAGAGAUCUCACGUGAAGAUGUCUGGGAAAUGUAUGGAAUUCAGUUGAUUGCAUACACAAUGGAAUUGGGUUGGGAUGAGCUUAUGCGAUAUUUAAGUCCCGACUUAAAGGUUUGGCGAGCCUAAUGGCGUGCACGUUUUUGUUUCUUUAGACAUUCCUCAACAACCUUGAUUCUCUGCAUUAUUUUAUUGAUCAUGUCGUCUACAAGGCAAAUCUUCGCGGCCCAUCAUUUCGAUGCGAAGAAAAUGACGACGACACCAUUACAUUGCACUACUUUACUGGCCGCGCUGGGCUCUAUCCGAUUGUUAAAGGAGUCAUCAGGGAGGUUGCGAGAAGGAUCUUUAAUAUCGAGGUUAGCAUGACAGUCAGUGGCCGUACCCAACGCAGCGUUCAGGUAGCAAGUGGCGAACGCGUCGAAGAGCAUGUGGUUUUUAUUAUAAAGGUUGGUUGCGGUACUAGCUGUUCUCCAAAGACCCAAAUCAAUCCAACUUUGUCGCGAAAUUUCAGCAAGUCAACUCAACCGAUGAAUCGCUGAACUCAUCUCGUUCGUUGACCGGCCACGCUGUUCUGCAACCGACGAUUGAGAUCAGCAACGACUGGGAUCUGCGGAUCACGCAGAAUGACUUUGUAAACUUUCUGCCUUAUCAUUUUGUCAUGGAUAGAGACUGUAGGCUUUUGCAGAUCGGAAAAGCAUUAGCGUAAGUUUGUACAGAAAGCGUAGGCUCUGUUAAAAGCAAAUGCAGAAACAAAAAUUUCAGGCAUCAUGUGAGCCCCGACUUACUUCAGUAUCUGACUCCGGUGGUCCGGAUUUUCGAAAUCCAUCGUCCUCAAAUUCCGUUGGAUUUUGAAAAUAUUUGCAAUUUUAUCAAUGGGGUUUUUGUUUUGCAAGUCAGAACUUCGCCGCUUCAAGUGCAGAAUAAUGCUGCGAAGUGAGUUUUAUGGCCCAGCGCACGUCAAUCCAGCGCAUUUCCUGAACCGUUUCGAAACUUCGUAUCGUUUUCAUUGAUUUAAAAGAGAGACGAAAUGUCGCGAAAUUAUCGGCACUUUUUCUCGCCCGAAAUAAUUGCUUUCUCUCGAAAAGAAGAAGAAAGAUAAGAAAAUGCUUUUUAUCGGAUAGUGACAUUUCGUUUUGAACGAAUCACCAAAAAGGGGCGGGAAAUUUUUUUUUUUUUUAUUUUGGAUUGACGUGCAGCGGGUAACGCCAGAUAAGAUCAACGGGUCAAUGAUACAUCAGUUUGAGUUAAUCGAUGGUGCUGAUUUUGAAGGUCGUAUCCGUAGUCUUGAUAUUUUAAUUUUUAGUUUAUACAAUUUCCGAAAAGCGCAUCAUUUAUUACAUAUAAAUGAUGUAUCGUUGACCCAAACUGUCAUUACCCGAAUUGUCUCUAUCCAAAUGUGUGGGAUGCGCUCUUUGUUAGCAUGUGAAGAAAGGAGAAGUAAGGAAAGGAAUAACCAGUUUGUUGUAGAGAGGGCGAUGAGCAAAUUCAAGCCCAGCAUUUGAAACUAAAGGGCCAAAUGAUGGUGAUGAGUGGGAACGACAAGAUUAUCUAUCUUUGCUCGCCGUAUGUCACCAGUAUCCCUGAACUGCUUCAGUAUGGAUUGCGGCUCAGCGCAAUGCCUCUGCAUGACGCGACAAGGGAUCUGAUUUUGCUGAACCAGCAAAGACUCAGUGAUGUUGAGGCAAAGUACGUUGUUUGAUUUUUAGAUUGUUAAGAGGAAAACAAACCACAGAGUCACACGUCAAACUGAGGAGUCCGGUGACCGGAAUAGACACUUCGCCAUCGGUUUUUUACACUUGGUCUUGAUUUCGCAGAGAAAGAGAGAAAAAAGACACGCAAAGGCGUACUCUCUCGCCCCAAAAAUUCCCCAUUUCUUCCCCGACAAAACGUUUUUUCGCGUCUCUUUUUGGCAAAUUACCAAUCCAUACACCGGACUGUUUUAGCUUAUCUCAGUUUGGCGUGCGUCAUACUGUUAGAGUUUUAGCCUGCAACUCGAAGCCAACAACGAACAGCUGGAGGUGCUGGCAAAGGAAUUGGAAUCGGAGAAGCAGAAAACCGACGAACUUCUCAAAGAAGUUCUUCCCGUUUCAGUGGCGGAACAACUAAUGAACGGAUCAGCUGUUGAUCCGAAGGAAUUCCAGGCGGUCACUGUGAUGUUCACAGACGUCCCCGGUUUUCAACAAGUUGUUGCGUUGUGCAAGCCUACGCAAAUUGUCUCCAUGUUAAAUGAUUUGUUUACAAAGUGCGACAGGCUUGUGACAUUGCACGAGGUAAUCAAGAAACACAUUCGAGAACAUUGUUUUAAAGGCCUACAAAGUGGAGACGGUGGGAGAUUCGUACAUGACGGUGAGCGGUGCUCCCGAAAAAAUGGAGGACCACGCCGAACGCAUUUGCAACGUCGCUUUGGGGAUGCUUUUCGAGGGACGAACUGUCCAAGACUCGAUAUUGAACAAAGCGUUUCAAGUGCGAUGCGGAAUCCACACCGGCUCGAUUGUUGCCGGUGUUGUGGGACAGAAAAUGCCGAGGUAAAUUGAGGUUUUACUCGAAAACCUUUUCGAUUUUUAGAUAUUGUUUAUUCGGUGAUACGGUAAACACAGCUUCACGGAUGGAAAGUCACAGUCCUCAGGGACGGAUUCAUAUGAGCGCGAUUGCAAAGGAGUACGCAGAGACGACGGGCCGAUUCAUUUUCGUUUCCCGUGGAAGCAUUCCCGUCAAGGGAAAAGGAAUGAUGGAGACCUACUUCCUGAAACAGAGCCUGAAGAAGUCCAUCUGGGAAAUAAUUGACAGAAAGCGGGAUGAGAAUUCCAACUCCAUCGACGGAUAUGCCGAACUAAACGAGGGCAUCGAGGCGGACGCUAAACCGUUCGACAAAACUUCGAAGAUAUGCAGCAUUAUGUAG